GGCGGGAGCGAGGGAGCGAGGGAGGGAGCGACGGAGGUAGAGAGGAGUGGAGGAGCGAGGGGAGGGAGCGCAGCUUGGUUGCUCCGUAGUACGGCGGCUCGCAAGGCAAUCCCGAGCUGGCCCCGGGACGGACGGAGGAGGGCAGGCGGGGAUGGUGUGUGGGGCUGAGGCUCUGGUAUCUCUCCCCGCGGCGUGUGAGCUGCACUGAUUUGUCCCUGGGUCGGCAGAGCGGACCCGCCCGGAGAUGAGGCAUCAAUUAGCAAGGUAAAAGUAACAGAACCAUGGCUCAGUUUCCAACACCUUUUGGUGGCAGCCUGGAUAUCUGGGCCAUAACUGUAGAGGAAAGAGCGAAGCAUGAUCAGCAGUUCCAUAGUUUAAAGCCAAUAUCUGGAUUUAUUACUGGUGAUCAAGCUAGAAACUUUUUUUUUCAAUCUGGGUUACCUCAACCUGUUUUAGCACAGAUAUGGGCACUAGCUGACAUGAAUAAUGAUGGAAGAAUGGAUCAAGUGGAGUUUUCCAUAGCUAUGAAACUUAUCAAACUGAAGCUGCAAGGAUAUCAGCUCCCCUCCACACUUCCCCCUGUUAUGAAACAGCAACCAGUUGCUAUUUCUAGUGCACCAGCAUUUGGUAUAGGAGGUAUCGCCAGCAUGCCACCACUUACAGCUGUUGCUCCAGUGCCAAUGGGAUCCAUUCCAGUUGUUGGAAUGUCUCCACCCCUAGUAUCUUCUGUUCCAACAGCAGCAGUGCCUCCCCUGGCUAAUGGGGCUCCCCCUGUCAUACAACCUCUGCCUGCAUUUGCUCAUCCUGCAGCCACAUUGCCAAAGAGUUCUUCCUUUAGUAGAUCUGGUCCUGGGUCACAAUUAAACACUAAAUUACAGAAGGCACAAUCAUUUGAUGUGGCCAGUGCCCCUCCAGUGGCAGAAUGGGCUGUUCCUCAGUCAUCAAGACUGAAAUAUAGACAAUUAUUCAAUAGUCAUGACAAAACUAUGAGUGGACAUUUAACAGGUCCCCAAGCAAGAACUAUUCUUAUGCAAUCAAGUUUACCACAGGCUCAGCUGGCUUCAAUAUGGAAUCUUUCUGACAUUGAUCAAGAUGGAAAACUCACAGCAGAAGAAUUUAUCCUGGCUAUGCACCUAAUCGAUGUAGCUAUGUCUGGCCAACCACUGCCACCUGUCCUUCCUCCUGAAUACAUUCCACCCUCCUUUAGAAGAGUUCGAUCUGGCAGUGGUAUAUCUGUCAUAAGUUCAACAUCUGCAGAUCAGAGGCUACCAGAGGAACCAGUUCUGGAAGAUGAACAACAACAAUUAGAAAAGAAAUUACCUGUAACAUUCGAAGACAAAAAGCGGGAGAAUUUUGAACGUGGCAAUCUGGAACUGGAGAAACGGAGACAAGCUCUCUUAGAGCAGCAGCGCAAAGAACAAGAGCGCUUGGCGCAGCUGGAGCGGGCGGAGCAAGAGAGGAAAGAGCGGGAGAGGCAGGAGCAAGAGCGAAAGAGGCAGCUGGAGUUGGAAAAGCAGCUGGAAAAGCAGCGAGAGCUGGAACGGCAGAGAGAAGAGGAGAGGAGGAAGGAGAUCGAGAGGCGAGAGGCUGCAAAACGGGAACUUGAAAGGCAACGACAACUUGAGUGGGAACGGAACCGAAGGCAAGAGCUGCUAAAUCAGAGAAACAAAGAACAAGAAGACAUAGUUGUACUGAAAGCAAAGAAAAAGACUUUGGAAUUUGAAUUAGAAGCUCUAAAUGACAAAAAGAAUCAACUGGAAGGAAAACUUCAAGAUAUCAGAUGUCGACUGACCACCCAAAGGCAAGAAAUUGAGAGUACAAACAAAUCUAGAGAGUUGAGAAUUGCUGAAAUCACCCAUCUACAGCAGCAAUUGCAGGAAUCUCAGCAGAUGCUUGGAAGACUUAUUCCAGAAAAACAGAUACUCAAUGACCAAUUAAAACAAGUUCAGCAAAACAGUUUGCACAGAGAUUCACUUCUUACAAUUAAAAGAGCCUUAGAAGCAAAAGAACUAGCCCGGCAACAGCUACGAGACCAGCUGGAUGAAGUGGAAAAAGAAACAAGAUCAAAACUACAGGAGAUUGAUAUUUUCAAUAAUCAGCUAAAGGAACUAAGAGAAAUACAUAAUAAGCAGCAACUCCAGAAGCAAAAGUCCAUAGAGGCUGAACGACUGAAACAGAAAGAACAAGAGCGAAAGAUCAUAGAAUUAGAAAAACAAAAAGAAGAAGCCCAAAGACGCGCGCAGGAGAGGGACAGGCAGUGGCUGGAGCACGUGCAGCAGGAUGAGGAGCAUCAGCGGCCGAGAAAACUCCACGAUGAGGAAAGACAGAAGAGGGAAGACAGCGUUAAAAAGAAGGAUGGUGAGGAAAAAGGCAGACCCGAGGUGCAAGACAAGCUGGGUCGGCUUUUCCAUCAGCACCAAGAGCCAGCUAAGCCAGCUAUCCAAGCACCCUGGUCCACCACAGAAAAAGGUCCACUAACCAUUUCUGCACAGGAGAAUGUGAAAGUGGUAUACUACCGAGCCCUGUACCCCUUUGAAUCCAGAAGUCAUGAUGAAAUCACUAUCCAGCCGGGAGACAUAGUCAUGGUGGAUGAAAGCCAAACUGGAGAACCCGGAUGGCUUGGCGGAGAAUUGAAGGGAAAGACAGGCUGGUUCCCUGCAAACUAUGCAGAGAAAAUCCCAGAAAACGAGGUUCCUGCUCCAGUCAAACCAGUGACUGAUCUGACGUCUGCCCCCGCCCCCAAACUGGCUUUGCGUGAGACCCCUGCUCCUUUGGCUGUGACUUCUGCAGAGCCCUCCACGACCCCCAACAACUGGGCAGACUUCAGCUCCACGUGGCCAACUAGCACAAAUGAGAAACCAGAAACGGAUAACUGGGAUGCGUGGGCAGCCCAGCCCUCUCUCACUGUUCCUGGUGCCGGCCAGUUAAGGCAGAGGUCAGCCUUCACUCCAGCCACAGCCACCGGCUCUUCCCCGUCUCCUGUGCUCGGCCAGGGUGAAAAGGUGGAGGGACUGCAAGCGCAAGCCCUGUAUCCUUGGAGAGCCAAAAAAGACAACCACUUAAAUUUUAACAAAAAUGACAUCAUCACUGUCCUGGAGCAGCAAGACAUGUGGUGGUUUGGAGAAGUCCAAGGCCAGAAGGGCUGGUUCCCCAAGUCCUACGUGAAACUCGUUUCAGGGCCUGUAAGGAAAUCUACAAGCUUGGAGUCUGGUUCUUCAGAGAGUCCUGCUAGUCUAAAGAGAGUGGCUUCCCCAGCAGCCAAGCCAGUCGUUUCCGGAGAAGAAUUUAUUGCCAUGUACACUUACGAGAGUUCUGAGCAAGGAGAUUUAACCUUUCAGCAAGGGGAUGUGAUUUUGGUUACCAAGAAAGAUGGUGACUGGUGGACAGGAACAGUGGGCGACAAGUCCGGAGUCUUCCCUUCUAACUAUGUGAGGCUUAAAGAUUCAGAGGGCUCUGGAACUGCUGGGAAAACAGGGAGUUUAGGAAAAAAACCUGAGAUUGCCCAGGUUAUUGCUUCGUACACUGCUACUGGUCCUGAGCAGCUCACUCUGGCCCCUGGUCAGCUGAUUUUGAUCCGGAAAAAGAACCCAGGUGGAUGGUGGGAAGGAGAGCUGCAAGCACGUGGGAAAAAACGCCAGAUUGGCUGGUUCCCAGCUAAUUAUGUAAAACUUCUGAGCCCUGGGACGAGCAAAAUCACUCCAACAGAGCCGCCAAAGUCUGCAGCGUUACCAGCAGUGUGCCAGGUGAUCGGGAUGUACGAUUACACAGCACAGAAUGACGACGAGCUGGCCUUCAACAAGGGCCAGAUCAUCAACGUCCUCAACAAGGAGGACCCCGACUGGUGGAAAGGAGAAGUGAAUGGACAAGUGGGGCUCUUCCCGUCCAAUUAUGUGAAGCUGACCACAGACAUGGACCCAAGCCAGCAAUGGUGUUCAGACUUGCAUCUCUUGGAUAUGUUGACCCCAACUGAGAGAAAAAGACAAGGGUACAUCCACGAACUCAUUGUCACGGAGGAGAACUAUGUGAAUGACCUACAGCUGGUCACAGAGAUCUUUCAGAAACCCCUGAUGGAGUCUGAGCUGCUGACAGAGAAAGAGGUUGCUAUGAUUUUUGUCAACUGGAAGGAGCUGAUUAUGUGUAAUAUCAAACUGCUAAAAGCUCUGCGAGUCCGCAAGAAGAUGUCGGGGGAGAAGAUGCCGGUGAAGAUGAUCGGGGACAUCCUGAGCGCUCAGCUGCCACACAUGCAGCCCUACAUCCGCUUCUGCAGCUGCCAGCUCAACGGGGCCGCCCUGAUCCAGCAGAAGACGGACGAGGCCCCUGACUUUAAGGAGUUUGUCAAAAGAUUGGCAAUGGACCUGCGCUGUAAAGGGAUGCCACUCUCUAGCUUCAUACUCAAGCCUAUGCAACGGGUAACAAGAUACCCACUGAUCAUUAAAAAUAUCCUAGAAAACACUCCCGAAAAUCACCCCGACCACAGCCACUUGAAGCAUGCCCUGGAGAAGGCGGAAGAGCUGUGCUCCCAGGUGAACGAAGGCGUUCGUGAGAAGGAGAACUCAGACCGGCUGGAGUGGAUCCAGGCCCACGUGCAGUGCGAAGGCCUGUCUGAGCAACUUGUGUUCAAUUCAGUGACCAACUGCCUGGGGCCACGGAAGUUUCUGCACAGUGGGAAACUCUACAAGGCCAAGAGCAACAAGGAGCUAUACGGUUUCCUCUUCAACGACUUCCUCCUGCUGACUCAAAUCACAAAGCCCUUGGGGUCUUCUGGCACCGACAAGGUCUUCAGCCCCAAAUCUAACCUGCAGUACAAAAUGUACAAAACACCUAUUUUCCUAAACGAGGUUCUAGUAAAAUUACCCACUGAUCCUUCCGGAGAUGAACCCAUCUUCCAUAUUUCCCACAUUGACCGAGUCUACACUCUCCGAGCUGAAAGCAUAAAUGAAAGAACUGCCUGGGUACAGAAAAUCAAAGCUGCUUCUGAACUCUACAUAGAGACUGAGAAGAAGAAGCGGGAGAAGGCCUACCUCGUGCGUUCCCAAAGGGCCACAGGCAUCGGAAGGUUGAUGGUGAAUGUGGUUGAAGGCAUUGAGCUGAAGCCCUGUCGGUCUCACGGAAAGAGCAACCCGUACUGUGAAGUGACCAUGGGCUCCCAGUGCCACAUCACCAAGACAAUCCAGGACACGCUGAACCCCAAGUGGAAUUCCAACUGCCAGUUCUUCAUCAGAGACCUGGAGCAGGAGGUUCUCUGUAUUACUGUGUUCGAGAGAGACCAGUUCUCACCAGAUGAUUUUUUGGGUCGGACGGAGAUCCGUGUGGCAGACAUCAAGAAAGACCAGGGCUCCAAGGGGCCAGUUACGAAGUGUCUCCUACUGCACGAGGUCCCCACGGGGGAGAUUGUGGUCCGCUUGGACCUGCAGUUGUUUGAUGAGCCGUAGGGACAGGCCCAGCGUGUGCUCUGCAGGGCUCUAGCCCCAGGCGGCACCUGCUGUCUGGAAAUUGUGUUCCUUUUCUAAGAAACCACCGUUGGGUGUUCAGCCACUGGGAUGUGGGACAGCAGUGACAGGUCGCCUAGAAGCUUCUAGGAAUAAUUCUCGACAAUCCUUUUCACUCUGCACAAAGAGUUUCCCAUUUUAUGA